AUGGAUGUGUUGUUGGACCUUGUUGUCGACCAGCGUCGUCAUCAUUGGCGUCAUUGGCCAUCAGCAUCGGGAGCUGUCCCGGGCAGUCAGGGCACAUCAAACGAAGACGAGAAUCGACAUGCCGCCGUUGACAUCGAGCAGGAAGAUAGUGUCCCAAAAAUAGAGCAGGCAGGUGUAACACAACACUCCCAGCUCAUAUGCCUUCUUGAACAGCCCGCUCUUCCGCUGCACGCCAUGGGCAAUUUCGACGCGCCAGCCAAGAACAUGCAACAGACAGACAGCACAGCACAGCACAGCACACAGAGUGGUUACCGACAGCGGACAGCGGACAGCGAAGGAGAUAUAAAAAAUCAAUCGGCGUUAGCCUCCGUCGAAAUAAUUAUAGCAAGCGCACAGCAGCACAGCAGUGCCACUCAGUCAAUGCGUCACACUAGCACUGCAGCUCCCGCACAACGCUGCCUGCAAGAGAAAAUAGAGUCAGCAUGGCGAACUGAAUUGCGCGAGAAAAUAGCACGGGGGAUAGAGAAACGGGACGAUGGAAAUAGGCUAGCGGAUGGAGAGGGACAAGGAGAUGCACGCACCGUUAUUGGGGUGAGUCUCGAUCUUGCAGCGACCCAUAGCGCGAGUCUUUGGACGUGGUCAAUGUAA